ACUCGCAAGUCUAUCUAGACGAAAUUGUUCACUAGAGCGGAUCAAUUCCAUUCACGAACCUAUCCAUUAGCCGCUGGAAGUAACUAACUAACUAACUAACCAACUACUUGACAGGUCAUUAAUGCAAACGGCUCUUGUCCUACAUUCGACCUACACAUCCGCAUCGAUUGCGCAACAACAGCCAUAGCACGAACCGCGGACAAUUGACGCAAAAAUAUCCCUCCCACCAAAUUAAACAAUUUGUUUCCCCCCGGUUACGUAACAAAUGAAUUUAUACAUGUCGCAGGAUCGGCCUGUGUAAAUCGAUCCUGCCUUACCCAACAAACAAUUACGUCAAGGAUAGGAUUAAGCAACUGCGCAAUCACUGUCUUUUGAAUAAGAAAUGAUAUGCGUCAUCUAGAUCCUUGAUACCGUAGUAGUAGACUACGUGUAUACUGCGGGAUCGCGUGUUGGCAGGUUCACCGAGCACGAAACGUCGUCCUAAUAGAAAACCAGAAAGGAAAAUAGAAAAAUAGGAAAACACACGACGAGAGAGAGAAAUGUUGGUGAGUUCAUCUUGAUCGGUUGAUGCUGAUGGCUGACCGAUCCAUCAUUUGCACGCGGGAUUUUGUCCCAGCUGUUUCGGAUGGGGCUGCCUAUACACAAUCGAUCUUAUAUAAUGUAAGAAACACACAUCAAGAGUCUUUUCUUUUCUUCUGUUGACGUGUGAACCUUUAGAGAUUCCGGAUGCCCUGUGCUCCGUUCGGAACAGCAGGUGAUGCGACACUUCCGUGACGGGAGGGGGAAAAAAGAAAAAAAAAUGGGCGUGUCUAUCUUGCGAUCGAUGGCGACUCUGUUAGAUAACGUCAGAAAAAUAAAAAAACAUUUUCCAAAAUCAAAUUGUAAUGAAAACAUUGACCUCAAUCAGUUUCUCUUUUGACUCUAUAUUGGGCCUCACUUGUUCUCAUCUCUAUAAAUAGACUCAAAGGCAGCAUCAGAUAGAAUAUCAGUUGAUUAGCAUCUCUUUCACAGUCCCGCCGAGCGUGAAAUAUCUGCAAAAGGUAUUCCCCCCAAAAAAUAGGAAUAUGGAAAUGUUGAUACAUUUUUUCAUGGGGGUCUUGCUGGCCGCUUCAACUGCCUUCAAGGGCCUCGUAUAAUGUCGUCGUUGGCCAGAGUCACGUGACUCGAAUACAUUUUUCCCGGUCAAAAAGAUUGAAGGGGAAAUUUUUUUUUUAUUGACUUGAAUAAACAAAAGAUAAAAUGCGAAAUGAAUUUUUAUCUCUUACGGUCAAGACGAGCGUUUUCUUGCGUAUUUCUAUGCAAAUGGCGGCGUGAAUCGCCUUUGAUCUUGGAGAUAUGAUGCGUCCCGCACAUACUUGCACUCGGGUUGCACUUGUUGUCUUUAAGUGGAACUACACAAACGAACCAAAGAAAUGUCUGGAGAUGUUAAAAAAGAAAGAAAAACGAAAGUCUAUAAGAGUCGCCGUCGGCAGUUUCACGCUCCCGAAUUGGAACUGCCCGAUGGUAAUCGCAUAGUAUUCGCCUUUGCAGAUCCGUCGAACCCCACACAAAAAAAGUUCACCACAAAUUCCUGCGAGAACAAUGAGAGCGACUUCAUUUCGAUCGUCGCUCAUCAUCUCUCGCUCCUUUUGUAUUUGGCGGGGUUUUUUUCUAUUUUUCAAAAUUCACGCUCUAGUGGAAUUGACUCAAUUUGAUGGCGUCUAAUAGAACGAGAGGAAUUUCGUGGCGUUAUAAGGAGUUGAAUGUGGGCGUUGCUGUGAGCGAGUGGGCGAUAUGUGAAAGGCAUUUCGAUCGUCUCAAAUUCCCCACCUUGCUUAUGAUACAGUUUCCACUUGGAGAAUCUAUCGAAUCCCGACAAAAAAUGUGUCACUUUUUCUGACUUUGUUGUUAAUUUUUUGUUGGUAUUUUGAUCAGAAAAUUCCUAGCGCAAUGUCAUUCGGAAUUUUGGAAUGUCCUUUGUUGUCUCUUUGCAGAGGGGUGAUGGCGCCAUACAUAAGCCAUACAUUAAGCUCAUCAACUUUUGUAAUUAAAACUUGAGAUCGGCACGACUUGAUUUAUUAUCCCGGCACGUGUAUAACUUGUUAUUAAUAGAAGGUCGAUGACUUGUUUUGGCCCUUUCAUUGUGUAUCGUAUAUAGAGAUUAAUCACUUUGAUUACUGGAAUUAUUAUUAUAGUCGGUCGGUUGUGGAUAAUGGUAGUUCGUUAAAGGAACGUUGGUUCAUUUCAUCUUUUUUAUUUUUAUUACUUUUGGGUUUUUUUUUUGGCGCGGUGAAUAACCUUUUCAAAUGUUGUUCGCACUAAUAGUACGGAAAUCCAAGGUCCCGUCUUAUAUUUCCAGUCGGGAAAACAUUUCGGGUUAAUUUGACGGGAAUUGUCAGUUUUCUGAGAAUUUCUUGUGAUGCUUAUGAUUCCUUUUGGUCGAUCGAAAUGCGACCGAAUGGCCAGUAGCCAGCAGCACCCGGCCGACGUGUAAUUCAUUGGUGGAUUUUUUGUUUGUUAUUAUUUUUGGGGGGGACGACUGAAGGGACCAGUUUGUGACAGUCCCGUUUUCUAAUCGUCCCGACCCAUCCGUCCGUCAGCACGCAUUGGCCCUUGCGUUAUAUGCAUUAAACAUCAGACUCACGAUAUCUUCCCGGGCGUCUGCGUGACGUGCAAGUCAAGACGAGCGUUGGAUAAAUCGACUUAAUGGUGUCGUCUCUUUUCUCUGUCGAAUGUUUCCAAAGGCAAAAUCAUUGUCGUCUCUCUCCGGCGUGAGUGAUUUUUUUUUUUAUUUCAAGGUUAUCGAGCACCAACUAUUUGCCACGGCGCUCACGACAAUUAUUAACAGCUUCAAUCAACAAUCAAAUAAAUACAAGCCGGAGAGUAAAAAAUUUCAUAGAAACAACAACAGAAAUAAAAAUUGACUGAGAUUUCAGACAAGGGACUGAACCGAAAUUUGAUUUAUUUUAGUUCGAAUGAGCGUGAGCAAAUCGUGUAAAGGACCAAAGCGCUUAGGUAUAAAUAAAAGCUGCGUGCUGGGCAUUUGUGACAAUUAUUCGAUCGUCGGACAUUCAUUGGAAAUGUGGUCGCAAUUGUUUUGGCUCGGCAGCUUUUUCUUGGCCGUUUUGUCCGUCGGGACAAAGAGGCCCAACCCGAGAAUAACUAGGCAGCUCGUUUACCAUCCCGAGAAUCCUUAUCCAGUUAAUUUGUAUUGGCAAUUGCUGGACCAUUACUAUGACGUGAUGGGCGCCGGCAAUCGACUGAUGGAAUCGCCAAUAUUCGCCCAUCAAGAUCACCACUACAAUCACCUGCAAGCUGUUGCCAGACCGUAUCAUAGGGAUUGGUCGUCGUUUAUCCGACCGAGUUAUCCUCGUCGAGUUGUCGGUCCUCACAGAGGAAUUCCGUACGGAAAUUAUCAGGAAGAAUUAAUGUACCCUCAAGUUCGAGGUCGAAUAUUCAAACCCUUUCGCACAGGACCAGCCGGUCCACCGGGUCCACCGGGACCAAGGGGUGAUCCCGGAGUGGCUGGACCGCCGGGAGCCGACGGUGCAGCGGGAGCCGAUGGUUUACCGGGAGUUGACGGUGAGCCGGGAUCUGACGGAGCUCCCGGGUUGGAUGGUCCACCUGGAGCGGACGGCAAUCCGGGAGUGGACGGAGCCCCAGGGGCCGAUGGAACACCCGGACUGGACGGAGCUGAAGGCCCACCGGGAGCCGACGGUGCACCGGGAGCCGAUGGUUUACCGGGAGCUGAUGGCGCAGAUGGAGCCGAUGGUCCACCUGGUGCUGAUGGUCCGCCCGGAGCGGAUGGAGUCCCUGGUCUGGAUGGCGCUCCCGGGGUUGACGGUCAACCAGGACCACCAGGAGAACCCGGACCACCCGGCGAUACUCCCGUAGGCCGUUAAGAACGAAAUAACUUUAACACAAAAUGAAUGGGGGGAUUAUGUAAAUGUUGGUUUCGGUGAUGGACAAUUUCGAGUUCAAAUUUAAAUGGUAGACAAAUUCAAAUAAAACAAUCGGUCCCGUAUU